GCCCUCGUAGUGCCCUUUCAAUCCUUCAACCUUCUAUCGUACAUUCUAGUGCUUGCAGCGCAGGCUUACGUUCACUUUUACGACACUUUACACGAUACGCAAUCUAGUCAUAAUGAAGUACUUCACAGCACUACCCUUGGCAGCCGCGCUUGCAUCCGCCGAGAUGCAGGUCAUGAGCCUUGCUCCUGCCGCCGCGACUGGCGCGAUGACACACACUGUCGUCGUUGGUGGAAUGAAGCCUGUUGCAACCGGCAUGGCGCCCGUUCUAGGAUACAGCCCCGAAGCCAUCAAGGCCGCUGUCGGCGACAUGGUCAUAUUCGAGUUUAUGCAGAAGAACCACACUGCCACCCAAUCAACCUUUGCUGAGCCCUGCAAGAAAAUGGAGGGAGGAAUGGACUCUGGCUUCAUGCCCAAUCCCGAGGGCAAAGCCGGCGUCACAUGGAACAUGACUGUUGAGACAACAGACCCGCUUUGGUUCUACUGCAAGCAACAAAACGGUAUCCAUUGUGGAAAGGGCAUGGUAUUCAGUAUCAACGCUGCCGAGACUGGCGACAAGACCAUGGCCGACUUCAAGGGUCUUGCCAUCAAGACCAACGGUACAAGCCUCGUUGCAGGCGACCUCCAGUCUGUUGACCCCAACGCCGCUGCCGCCCCUACUACCGUCACCAUUGAGGCUGGAGGUGCCGCCGCGACUGGAACCGGCAGCAGUGCUCUCGCUUCCGCCACCGUUGUUGCUGGACAGGGAACAGAUGGUGCUGGUCAGACUUGCUCAUGCCAGUGCCUAUGCGGUAUGGCUUCUUUCCCCGAGACCGCAGCCAUCAACAAUUUCGGUGGAUUCCCCGGCAUGAUUGCCUAAACGCCCUCACGACGAAACUUGGAGAGACGGUAAUGAGGAGGAUGGAUCGACUGGGUGUAUGCGUCUGGUUGGUCUUGGGUGGUGGUCGAGAACAACAUUCUUAUGACGGAUUCGGCAAAAACGCUUCUGGUUUAGCAUUUGUCCGGAUUCUUAUACCAUUUUUAUCAUUUGCU